AUGAGCCAACAAAAAGAAACCGCAUGGCUUCGAUGGCAAGAAAAAGUUAUCCCUUCUUUCUCAGAAUUCAUUCGUUCAAAUGUUGACUUCAUAGCCAGAUCAUCUACUCAAAUGAGUAACUUCCAAAGACUGGAGGGAGCAUGGACGAAGCAUUUCAAUUUAAGUGCAAAAAUACUGAAUAUAGAGGGAAAUUUUCAACAUUGCAAACAUAGUAGUGUUAGGGAGCUUCAGUUGGGCUUACUGGCUGCAGUGACUAUUGACAAAGAAGACUGGUCUUGUAUUGCUGAAAAAUGGCAUAUGAAUGAAGACUUACCUAUUGAUAAUGUUCCUUUCGAAUUAGAAUGUAAUUUGCCAAAUUUCACUUUAGAUGAAAUAGAAGAAUCAAAGAAUUUUACAACACAUAAUUCCAAUGUUGACAAAUAUCCAUCUUGUAUUUCCCCUAAAAAAAACGAGAAUGAAGAAUUUACUACUGAUAAUAUUCCUUUCGAAUUUGAAUAUAAUUUCCCAUAUUUCACUUUAGAUCAAUUAGAAGAAUCUGCAAUACAAGAUUUCAACGGCGAUAAUAAUCAUGAGAAUGAAAAUUUUAUUCUCAACAAUGUUCCUUGUGAAUUAGAAUAUGAUUUGACAAAUUCACUUUUAGAAUAA